AGUACGAUUCGGUUUUGAUCCGGUGAAGUAGUAUUCGCGACGCUUCAGUGACGGAAUCGUUCGCCUCGUCACUCCGACGUAUCCGUCGCUCUGUUCAGUUCCACGUUGGUGAUUCGGUGCUUUGAAAACGUGACUCUGGGCUUGGAAAUCUCUCUAUAAAUGUCGCCGAGGAAGGAAUUAAGGAGGACCGGAAGUCGAGCAAGAAGUACUUGGCUCCGUUGACCGGAAGUCGAACUGCUGUGAAAGCUCCCCGCGGUUAACCGAAUCGAAAUUUGGCGUCAAGAUCUUCCACCGAUCAUCCGAUCUAUGGUUAUCAAAAUUGUCGAUCAAUUCUCAACGGGCGGAAUAUUUGAAAAAUCACUAGCAGAAUGAAAAUGGACAGAGACCCAUCGGACGACUCGAAGGCGGAAAGUGAAUCCUCGGACUUCGAGGAGCUCGGAGACGUCGCCUCGUCGAAGAGGAUAUUCUCGUCGUCGGAUGGCGAACGAACGGAGAUCGACGACAGCGACAACGACAGCGGGUUCGUGGGAGUUUCCCAGGGAUCCUUGGACCGCCUCGACACCGUAACACCGGAAGUGCCCUGCGGCGAGACGAGCGGAAGUAGCCCCUACGACAGGGAUGCGAUCCUGUACGAUUUGGCGAGUUCCGAUUCUUCGUGGCAGGCCAGAUUUAUCGCGGGUGUUGAGCGGAUGAAAAAUGGCGGUGUGAAAUCGGCCGAUUCUCUUGUCAAUUUCGAGCAGGAUGUUGCAAAUUUGACCGAGGAAUGCCGGGAAUCGAUGAUGGAGAAGCUGCGAGAGGCGUCGAAAGCCAUUCCGGAUUCGAUGCUGCACUUGUGUACCGGCAGAAAUCGGCCCGGCGAUUGCGGCCGACCAUCCGAUGUCAAACCCGAAUGGCUGGACAUGGAGAAACUGAGAAGAGGACAGAAAUUCGCACAGGAACACAUGUUUCCCAUAUACUUCUCCGAGAUGCUCUCCCUCUUCGCUCUCUUCAGCUUCGAGGAUGGACUCAAACCGCUCAUUAUGACUGGGAGGUCCAGCACCCCGUUCACAGCAUUCAAAAGAUACUUGUCGACUGGACUGCGGAUUCGGCAUUGGUACACGGAGGACCUUUGGGCCAAAGGAUCACCCGCGAGGAAGGACAUCUUGACCGUGAGGAUGAUGCACGGUGCCGCAAAACGGAGACUCGACGCUUCGACAAAUGCAGAAAUAGACGCGGCGGCAAAAAUUCCAAACGCAUGCUGCCCGUCAAGGGAAAUGCUGCUGAAGGACUUUGCCGAGACUUGUGAGGUCCCCGUGAUCGGCCAGUGUCCUUACUUGCUCGAGCGGAACAACCCUGAUCGACAAAAGGGUAUAAAUCAGACCGAAAUGGCUCUGACGCAGUGGGGCUUUGUCGGCUUGAUAAUUUCCUACCCUAAGUGCCUGGGUGUUCAUUACGCGACCGACGAGGACCUCGAGGCCUUCUGCCACUUGUGGAGGAGUAUCGGGUACCAGCUGGGAAUGGAGGACGAGUACAACUUCUGUCGUGGAACCUUGGAAGAGAUUCGACAACGGAGUAGCGAUUUUCUCGAGACUUGGGUCAAGCCUAAUUUACGAAUCAUCACUCCCGAGUGGGAACACAUGAUGAGGUGCAUAUUCACCGGGGUUAGCGUGUAUCUACCCGGCGCCACUUACGAAACUUCUCUUCUUUACCUCACCGAAAUUCUCAAUCUCCAGAUGCCACGGCUGUACGCUUCGCUGUCGUAUAAAGAUUGGAUCAAUCACAAUCUCAGCAAGUCCCUCUUCUACUGCACGAUCAAACUGCCGGGAAUGAAGAGUUUGUUCAAUGCUCUGUUGAACCGAACUCUAGAUCGAGCGGAAAAAUACACAAGUGAGGAAAUCGACGCGAUAAGAAUCAAACUCUCCAAUAUUCCUGGGUUUCCAGAUGCAGAGAUGGUGGAGAAUCAGGUCGCUACUGAUUCUUGACAUGUGACAGAUCAAACUGAAACCGCGAUGCCUGAAGAUACUAUAGGAAAUAGUAAAAUCGUUGAUUUCGUUUUGAGCUCGGAACACGAGUCAUAUAUUCUGUAGAGCACGGAUGGACCUUAUCACGAAAGAAUUAUUCCGUACGCUGGGCGUUACUCCGAUAAAUUAUAAUACGUAUAAUUGUAACAAAGUAUGAUAUACUAAAUACGCAUAUAUUUAAUAAGGUUAAGACAAAAUGUAUUAUAUAUAGUAUAGCGUGAUAACGGAAACGACAAAUCAUAAACUUGAAUCAAACUAAGCAAUGUAAAACUGUGAUAUAAUUAGCAAGGAUUGUAAAGCAACACAAAGCAAUGAAUUAGUACAAUACAAUAUAUAAAGUUGCAGAAUAACGUUAACGCGGGGAUUUGAAUCACAGGAACAAAUCAUUAUUCGUAAUUAAGAAACGUUUGAUAAACAGAAA